UCGAUUCGUACACAUCCAAAAUGGCUCAUUUCGUGAAAGGAGGGCGACUUGUAUGGGCAACUUUUAGGACUCAACAGGUGCUAAAUACGCCUAGAAAAUCUAUUCAAAGAUGUCUAGCAUAUAGCCAGCCGCGUUUUGUCGUUGAGGAUGGCGAAGUACGAGCCAGCAUCCUGGCCUCUGAGGCGAGGAAAGCCGACCCCAAGAAAGACAAACCAAACGUCUUCACAAAGAUUAUCAACAAGGAGAUACCAGCUGAUAUAAUCUAUGAAGAUGAUCAGUGUAUAGCUUUCCGAGAUGUCAACGCUGUUGCCCCAACCCAUUUCCUAGUGAUCCCCCGCAAAGAGAUCCCAUGCAUCAGUGAGGCAGGGGAUGAAGACACGCCGUUGCUUGGCCAUCUGAUGACGGUAGCCAGAAAGCUAGCGGACAAGGAACCAUUGGAGGAUGGAUACCGAGUUGUCAUCAAUAACGGACAGCACGGCUGUCAAUCCGUCUAUCAUCUACACGUUCACGUGAUCGGAGGACGACAGAUGAAAUGGCCUCCAGGUUAGGUCAAAGGUCAACGUGAUCCUGCUUCGGAAAGUGAAGGAGGUUUUCCAAACAUUACUUGCAUGUUAUAAGAUGCCAUACAGGUCAAUAUUGAACUGUAAAUCUCUCAUGGUAAUUGAUAAGUGAUCAUUUCAUAAAUUGUUGAUUUGGAACUUAGAAAAUGGAAUCAGAGUAAAAGCUGGUUUGCUAGAGAAGUGGCUCAGCAAAUUGUCGGGGCACAUAAAGAUCUGAUGUUUAAUAAACUAAUGUAUAGUUAUAAUAUUGAUGUAAUUUGGUUAAAAGGAGCUAACAAAAACUAGAAAUAUGCUAAUUGAAUUUAGUCCCAUGAUCAUUAUACGCCAUUAGUUGACAUCAAAUUGAAACCUUUUUAUUGCUUCUUAGAGCAAGGGUCCCUAGUUACUUCAAUUUUGCCAAAGAAAUAUUGAAUUUGAGAUAAAGUCUAGAAAUGUCACGCUUCAAAUGAGAAAAAGGAGUUCAUAUUGUUAUUUCUUAAGACAUAAGUCAGUGAUAAAUCUAUGGUCUUCUUUGCAUUUACUGGCAUAUCUAUUCAGAUUUGAAAAUAAGUGUUAGAUUUAGAAUCAUGAAGUAUGUACCCUUUUCUUGGUUUACGGAAAGAAUAUAAAGAUAUUAUACCUUGCAGCUGUUUAGAAUAUUCUUUACAAAUAUUUCAAUAUUUCACUAACCCCUGUAGAUAUUCAUGGAGGUGUUGAAAUCAUCAUAAGGAGCUUAAUCACUGUUUUUCAUAAUCAUGUAUGAUUAAGAUAAUCCAAAGUUAACAUGAUCUGGAACAUGUUAAUCAUGAUUAUGAAAUCAUAUUAAUGAAUAUGCUUAUUGAAUGUCAAUUAUAUGUAGUAUCGUAGUAGAUGAUGCACAGGUACCUUUUGUGUUAGUGUAUGAUUGAAAUGAUCAUCAAUUAAUAUUAUUGGGGUUCUAGAAUGUAGGGAAUCUAAUUGGUCAAAUGACGACAUGUGACAAUGCAUCAUUCUAUCCUACACCGCCUACCGUGCGAAAUAGUUCCCAUCGUAUACUGUAGUGAUAACUCGUGGCUUAAAGUGAUAAUGUACGACCGAGAUGCGGCUAUGUGUAUCUCUGGCAUCUACAAAAUUAAAGACGCAAUGAAAUGUACAUCGUUUCAAAUAUCAAUGACAUUGAUACACACACUGAGAUGUACAUAACACUGUCGGCUUGUGCUUAUUUACUAAGAUAUCAUUCAAAUUAAAUGGCGGCCCCCAAACUCUGAAUUUUGAUCAGAAAUUUUGCUUACCGGCAUUUCUUAACUUUAUACUCAUAUUUUAGACCUGUUUUAUUAAACAAAUAAGUCAUGUUUUAAAGCUCAUGCAUAAGUGAUUAGUGCACUGCACUUGGUUUAGUUACGAUUCGGUAGGGUAGUGAACUUGACAAGUCUUGUCUACUUUAUCUUCUCUUAAAAGCACUAUGUACAUGCAAAUAUGAUUUAUCUGUGAGGUAAUACUAAUACUACCCCACCCCCCCCCCCCCCCCCUCCAUUCCUUUGUGAACCAGACACAUGAAAAGUGGUAAUGUUUAUUUCUCAUGUAGCUUACUUUCAUCACAUAUGUUAUCGAUCUCUUUUUAAAAGAAAAACAUAAUGCAAUCUUAAAUCAAUCGACUUGUAAGAUCGAUGAAGUGCGUGGAUUGUAGGUUUAUAACUUCAUGUAUAAAAACAGUCAGUAUUUUAUGUUUUCUGUUUGUAAUUUGUUUAAUUUCUUUGCAUGUUACAUGCCUAUGUUUUUAAUCUAGAUUUUAUGUUUAUACAGCUUGCCACAAGUAUAUCACUAUGUACCAUUGGAAUGCUACAGGUGCAGAUAUAAUAGUUUCAAUAAAAGUCAAUCAAGACCGAUCGAUACUUUCAAAAAUAACUCGAUCAGGUACAGUUCA